AUGGCAGCCGCAAACGACUGCAACCAUGACAUUAUAUUUGAUUUCUCCUUCCUCUUCUACUCUCACAUCCUGGCCAUUGGCUUAACCAGUAGGUUUUUCCUCCGCAAUAUUUCCUGGAUCCACCCCUUACUCUCCAUCCAAAUGGCCACCACCCAGGGCCUCCACACCCCCAUGUACUUAUUCCUCAGACACUUGUCCACCCUCGACCUCUGCCUCAUCUCCAUUACCUUCCCCAAGUUCAUCCUGGUCUCUCUGGCCACCUGUCACUCCAUCUCCUUCUUGGAUUGUUGUUUGCAAGUCCUUCUGGUGUUUUCGUUUGCCACUUCAGAGCUGUUCAUCCUCACAGCAAUGUCUUAUGACUGUUACACCGCCAACCACCGCCCCCUGAGCUACGAGAUCCAACAGCUCUUCUGUGACGUCCACUCUUUGCUGAUGAUCUCGUGUUUGGAAGAACAUGCAACCCUCGAUCUGACUAGUCUCCCCUCGGCCCUGGAUCUGUUGAUAUCCGUGUUUUACAUGGUGGCGCCGCCCGCCCUGAACCCCCUCAUCUACAGCCUGAGGAACAGGGACAUAAAGGCCGCCCUGGGAGGGUCCUAA